AUGAGUAAUUACGAUACCUACAAAACCUUCCUCAUCUUGCUUUCCCCCAUCCUCUUUCGCCAAGCGAAAUCUCUCUACAACUCCCUCCGCACCUCUCUCUCCCACCGCCCUCCACCCCGCCCCGUUCCCCACACCGCCGCCCGCGCCCUAAACCUCCUCUUCCUCACAACCACUCUCUUCCUCCUCCUCUCCCUUCCGACCUCAUCAGGCCUAAACCCCUUCCCCCCAGCCGAAAACAUCUUCACCCUCACCUCCUCCCGCCUCAACACCCCGACGGAAAUCCUAUUUUCCCGCCUCGCCCGUCAACGCCCAAACAACACCCUCUCCCAAACAGACACAAUUCUAAAAAGAAAAAAUUCACCUCCCCCGACCCUCCCCGAAAACCUCUAUCUCCGUUUCGGCCCCCGAAAACCCUCACAAACCUGCCCGUUCCUGCACCCCCCGAUAACGAAUCAAGCUAUCUCCUCUACUACCCUACCCACAAAAAACCUUCCCUGCCCCCACCUCCUCCACUCCUCAUUACCAGGCUUCAUAACCUCCGAUCCCCUCACGGGACCCUCUGCCUCCCGCUGGCGCGCCAAAUUCACCCUAUCCGGCCUCUCCCUCCUUCUCCUUGAAACUCUCCUCGUAACAAUCUACAACCCCACCUCCUCCACAAACACCACAAACACCAACCCACAAAUCGUCCCACCAAGCUUCCACACCCGCCUCACAACCGCCCGCUACCUCUCCUUCACCCUCACCAACGCCCUGUACGCCCUAAUUAUCUACCUCUCCUCCACACACAGAUUCUUCUACAUCCCGCCCACCCCGUCCGAAAUCGCAGAGAAACUCGUUGCGAAUGUCUCCGCGACGCUAGCGGGGGCGACGGCCAAGAUGCAUGCGCUGAGCGUGGUGCGGAACGCUACGGUGCGGGAUAGGGCGUUGAAGGGGAGGGAUGAUGCGUAUUGGACGGCUGUGGUGGAGAUGGAACAGGUGGAUAAUGAUGAGGGUGGAGGUGGGGGUGGAGGUGGAGGUGCAGGUGUGAGUAUCUGGGAGGAGGAGGAGGUUGUUAGGGCUAUGACGAAGGUUAUGCAGGGGAGGGGUGGCGGGGGGGUUGGUGAAGGGAAGGAAGGGGCGGUGGAUAUUGCCCAGUUGGGUAUGGAGGCGAGUGCGUAUGUUGAGGGGAUUACGGAGGGGUUGGAGAUGGGGGGAUGA